AUGGCGAAUUUUCAAUCCACAGACCCAUCGAUUGCAACUUCGAACAGCGGCGACCCAGAGUCAUUCGCCUACUCCACUGCACGCGAGCGUUGGCCGAAGAUCCUCUCCUCAGCGAUCGAUGAGAUCGCCUCCACAAUAUCUGGACAUAAUGGCUUAUCGAAGGAGGAUGUGGAAGCUGGGAGGGCUAUACAGGCCAAGCUGACGUCGCUGAAGACAAGUAUGCUGGGAAAUGCUGUGCUGGAGCCAAUACCACGAGAUGGGAGACCCGAUACUGAAGCCUACAACGAGGAGUUCAAAACAUUCAAAGACCUCAAAUGGCUAGCUGCGCCUUGGCUAUACACAGAGUGCUAUAUGUACCGCCUCAUCCACACAUACUUUACGCUCUCCACUCCGUUUUGGCAUUCGUUCGACAUGUUUGCGACCAGCAAAAGAUCGUCCCUCAUUGGCAGCAAGAAAGGAACGAUUGAGCUGGUCAAGAGAUUCCGGGCAGUGCUUCAAACUAUCGCUGAAAAGCAAGCUGUGGAUGAAGAGACGCAGAAGGCGAUAUUCGAAGAGAUGGUACAGAUCAGUCUUUGGGGAAAUGCUACAGACCUGGCAUUGCUUACAUCUCUCUCAGUGGAGGAGCUGAACAGUCGACAAGGGAAAGCGGUCAGAGACAGCAAUAAGGAAAACAUCGUUGUUGACGAUACGGAGCAAGUCUGGAGUCUUUUGUCAAGGCUACGAUCAUUGGGGUCUCCUAGAGACAUGCACAUAGUCCUAGACAAUGCUGGCUUUGAGUUGCUUACGGACUUGGUCCUCGCCGGAUAUCUUAUCGAAAGUGGCUACGCUAAGAAGAUUGUGCUCCACGGCAAACGAAUGCCAUGGUUCGUGUCAGACGUCAACCCAGAAGACUUGAAGUACUUGAUCGAGGGCUUUGCCGAUGGCACGAUUUACGAGGACAUCAAGUCUCCAGACAAAGAGGAGCUCCAGGAAGCUGGGAAAUACUGGCGAGGCCUGAUCCAGUCGGGGAAAAUGGAAUUCCGAGCCGAGCUAUUCUGGACUACGCAACAUCCCUUCGGGCGAAUGCCCGUUGUGGAACCUGCUUUGUUCGAGGACCUUGCUGAUGCUGAUCUUGUGGUAUACAAAGGGGAUCUCAACUACAGGAAGCUCACCUACGACGGCAUGUGGCCACAUUCAACACCGUUCAGCGAAGCCCUCGGACCUCUUGCCAAGAAACACGACGGCCAAGGGGUCAGAAGUUUGGUACUGCGGACCGCCAAGGCCGAUGUCUGUGUAGGACUCAAGCCAGGUCAGGACGCGAACUUUGAGGAGGGUUGGACGCGGCAUGGGAAGUACGCAAUGGUGAGCUACUGGGAUGCUAAGCCAUAA